UUGUGAUUGACCGCUGGCAAAGGCAAUAGAAGGUUCACGUUCACAGCUUCAACGCAGACGCCUUGAUCUGCAGAAUUCAGUUAGAGUAAAAGUUAUUACUGUAGUGUGGACGCCGUUUGAAAAAAGCUAGGAUAGUUCCUGCAGCGGAUCGAAAGACACAGGUCGCGAUCAUCAAGUACCUCCUCUACGUAUUAUGAUCUUUUUAUAACGUUGAUAUGCGGGCAUGCUUGAUCGAAGAAAAUUCGCACAUUCAAUCAAACGCUGCAUCAAUUUCGAGAUAGUGCGUGCGGAAAAGUAGUACUUGUGGAGAUCGCAAAUGUUGUCUGAGUCACGUCCUUCUAUUAGCGUUUUUAGAACCUCCAUCCAAAAGAGAAGCGUUUUGCGGUUACCAGGACUAAUUUUGUUCAGUUUAUUCUGUUCGUAGCUUGUGUGUGACGGACACUACAUCAUGACUUCAAGAACGUAAGGCUCCGCAUACUCGUGAAACUGGAAAGCCGGCGCAAAACAUAAAAAAUUACUGCUCAUUUUCAGCUGCAGCGAGAUGGUCUCGCUCUCGAACCACAACGACUUACACUAGCGCCGCAUGGUGCUCCUUCACAACUUCUUCAGUAUCGCGCCCGAUUCCACUUCUGCGAGGAUCAGUCGGUUUUAGUACAUGAUGAAGAGCUCCGGGGGCUGCACUCUUAAAGUUCCGGAACGGCACCCCAGCAGCCAAGCCAGCCAAGCCAAGCCAAAGUGCACCCUCAUGGUUCCGGCACGCCAACCCCACCGCAAUCCGCAAUCCGCAAACUUUCUGACUGUGAUUCUGGGACUGAUUCUGUGCGUCACGUUCCCAACAACUAGUACGACUACCCAUAGUAGUACUUCUAACACGAACUUCGGCCCCGCUCGUCUCACUGUGUACGCGGUCCAAGUCCGGUCCUUCUGGCCAGAUCAUGAACAGCGUGAAGAUACCGGCCCCGCAGCUCAGCCGGGUGCAGUUUCUGAGGCCGCAGCUUCUGCUCCUUCUAGGACCACUUCUGGACGAGGGGCGUCGUCUCUUCGGCGCCGAGAGGACAUCAUCCAAACUGUUGCAACGCCUCCAGGAGCUCUACUUGCUCCCCGUUCUCACGUUUCUGACCACGAAGAUCUUGUUCCUAUUACAUCUUCUCAGCAGCCGCGGAUGAAAGAAGAUUCGUGCGCCGUGUGCUCCUUCCGCCGACAAGGUACCUACUUCAUUCCCAAUCUAACUAGGCAACGCAUUCGAUAUAUCUUCACAUUCUAAGCACCAUCACAAGUAAGACUAGGUCGCGCAGCACCAGCGCGACACCUAGCGAGGGCCGGAAUGGGCGAACCACCUUUGUGGCCCCAUUUUUGAUCUCCCGUCGCCAGCCCGUGCCUACAAAAAUGGACGACUCGGGGGAAGUAGCAGAACGAGGGACACAGCAGUGCGAGUGCCAACACCAGAGCCCAUGCCCAUGACGACCACAAUCAAUCUGAAAAGGAUAAGGAAGACGCGCGUGCAUGUUAGACAAACAUGGGCGCACUGUUGCUGACCUCUCUUUAGGUUUACUAGCAAGGCACGUCCUGACGUCUAUGACGGGAAUGUGUAGAGUGAGCGGGCCCGUACUUCUAGCCCUUCUUUCUGCCGACGCGGUGGCCGAGCGAACUACGCGAGGGCACACGCCUCGCGUUGCGAGCCGCCGCUGCCCGCUAGCGACCUCUGUUGGGGAAGGUUCGGGACUUGUUGCAGCAUCUGUGGCGCCCGGCGCUGCGACUUCUCUGUGCAGUGCUGGAGCGCGGUUCGACCCGCGUCUGUGGGCAGAGAACUGCGGCGCCACGCAGCCACCCCUGUGGCGCGGACGUCGCGGCGCGGUCCCUGCUGCGUGCCUCGCAUCUGCGUGUAGGAGUACACAGGAGACGGCUAAGCGGCGCGGAUAUACUUUUGCACAGAUGAACCGGAGUCCACCCAUUGUGAACGAAGGGCGUGGCCUUGUGAAAACAUAUAACUGAAUGAAGUAAAGCUGCGAGCCCGGCGGGUAGCGCUGCUGGUAUUUGGGCAGGUUUGUGUUACUACGAUAAGCAAAACGCUACCCAAAUCAAAUAUUGGAUCAGGUACCAACAGGGCGGAAGAAGAAAGUGCAAGUGGGGGCUUUCCUGAGGAUAAGUCUGUGCACCGUCAGGAGUCGUCGUCUUCCGCAAAAGCGGAUCCCCGCGUCGUCGCUCCUAAGCCUUUGAUACCGAAUCAAGAACACACAAAAGUACUGGAACCAUUCGAGCAAACUUCCUCUGCGCACCGUUCGAUUGCGACACCGGCCUACGAUCAAAAGCGCAACUUCUUUUCAGAUGUUGAAGGGGCAGGAGCGGGAACAGGAACUGCGGGGCUUGGGGUAGGUGCCGCUGCUGAUUCAAGAAGUUCGGGACCGUCGCUGCCCCCGCUUGUUUUCAUGGGCCACAAUUACAGAGGUGAACAACAGGGAGGGCGAAAUCUUCCUCAUGUUCGCGCGGAUAUUUUUGCCACGAAUUCUACGACUGCGUCCGGGCCUCGUGCAGCUACAAGCGCCCCCGGUGGCGGGAGCAAAAUUCAUCCGGGUCGUGCCGGGACAGAGCCGCCGACGAUCGCGAGCGCUCCACCUCCUAGAGCAAACACUAAACACGAUGAAACCUCCGGCCGCCCAGUCCUCUUCCGCGGGGCAGCGCCUGCCAAAAGCGGUGACAGCACAAGCUACCGGGAUGACGACAACUGGAACCAGCACAAUCUGACUCCGUACUCGCGUCCGAGUUCCUCCUUCCGGGUCGGUAGCUGCGGCGAGGGGGGCUCUUUUGCGUCCGUUGGGGGCGGCAAGGGCCUCACAAAGGCGGACACUUUCGCCGGUCUGCCGAAGAACGAAGGAGGGGACGUGGAUCAUCCUCGUCUUCAACAAGGAGCUUGUUCGUCGUCCACCUCUACUUCUAGGCAGCAGUACGACCUCCAGCAGGAGGAGCCGACGGAUCGCGCGCCUCUCACCUCAGGUGGAGGCCCAUUCGUGGUUUUUGGGCGAGGAAUUAGUCCCGGGCAGAAAAGUGCAAGCUCUAGCAGCUCAGCGGUAUAUCUUCCCGAACAACAUCAAACUCAAACUGCAUCGGCCGAGCCGCGGCCCGCGACGUACGGCAGAUCCGCGCCGGCGCACCAGGACGAGGAGCAGGCAGCGAAGCUCAGGAUGCAGAUGCAGGGUAGCAGUUCUCGUAGCAGUCCUGAUGACGACCUCAGGAACGCUUCGUCCGACGACCUGGGCCGGGAGACCGACGCGCAAGAGUGCAGCUUUCCGCUAGAGUCGUCAACGUCUCACGUUCGGCAAAAACACAAGGCGGCGCAAGAGCCUGCCGCCCCCGACGCGGGGUCGUCCUCACCGUGUGGUAAUACCGUUCGGGAGGCUUGGCUGCCCAGUGCUGAUGCUUCCGCAGCCACCGAGCACAUUAAGCACCACCAAAACCAGCAAGAGCAUCAUCGUGCACCAGGUGUUGAGCAUCGUAGGAAAAAUAGGCACGACGAAAAGAAGGGAAAAAGUAGUAGCCGCAAGGAGGGCUGCGGCUGCGGGAGAAGAAGCAAGGGCGGCUUACUUUCGUCCCGCCGUUUCUGGCAGAUUUUUGCCUCGUCGGCCGCGGCGGCGCAGACGGUGUUCUUUGGCGUUGUGUGUGUGCUGGAGAAAAGCCACCGCGACGAAAUCACCGCCGCGACGGAGCAGCAUAAUAGUGAGCAGCACAAGCGCACUUCAAGACUGGAGCGCUCUUUCAAAGCGAUGCCCCACGGCGAUGAAGAGCAGGAGCAUGGAGAUGGGGACAGCAGCGACGUAGAGCACCCCUAUUCGGCAGGAACUUCUACCUUGCCCCCGCCGGCCUUGAUGGGGGUCCACCGACAUUGCGGGCCACUACAAAGAUAUGGAUGA